UAAAUGCUAUUUUUCUUUUGAAUGGUAGACGCUCUAUUCUGCCUCUGCCCCAUUUAAAGAGGCGCUUCGCUGCUAUUGUAGGGCUCGUCCGCCGCCGCAACCCCCCUCCCCUCUUUCGCCCAAAGCCUCCGGAUCCGCAAAAGACAGUGAGGAACCAGAACACAGGCGAUGGCGAUGGCGAUGGCUGCCCUAAGACGCGAGGGGCGGCGUGUCCUCCUCUCCACCCCCUCACCGGCAGCCGCCAUGGCUGCGCACUCCCCGGCUGCCUCCCAGUCGCAGAUUGCUCCGCUUGGUGCACGGUCCAUCUCAACACAAAUUGUGAGGAACCGCAUGAAAAGUGUCAAGAACAUCCAAAAGAUUACGAAAGCAAUGAAGAUGGUUGCAGCAUCAAAGCUUCGUGCUGUUCAAACAAGAACUGAGAAUUCACGUGGUCUAUGGCAGCCAUUCACAGCUCUUCUUGGGGAUGCUCCUAGUGUAAAUGUCAAGAAGAAUGUUAUUGUAGCCAUUACAUCUGAUAAGGGUCUCUGUGGUGGUAUCAAUUCUACAUCUGUUAAAGUCAGCAAAGCACUCCAGAAGAUGACUUCUGGUCCAGAGAAAGAAAGCAAGUAUGUCAUAUUAGGAGAAAAGGGGAAAGUUCAACUCAUCCGUGACUCCAGGAAGCAUAUUGAAAUGACAGUAUCUGAGUUGCAGAAGAACCCUAUUAACUACACACAGGUUGCUGUGCUCGCAGAUGAUAUCUUGAAAAAUGUUGAAUAUGAUGCUAUAAGAGUUGUUUUUAACAAGUUUCAGUCUGUCAUUUCAUUUAGGCCUACAUUGGCCACAAUACUGUCCCCAGAGGUUAUGGAGAAAGAAUCGGAAUCUGGUGGGAAGGUUGGUGAGCUGGAUUCGUAUGAAAUUGAAGGAGGUGAAACAAAAUCAGAAAUCCUGCAGAAUCUUACCGAGUUCCAGUUUUCUUGUGUUAUGUAUAAUGCUGUUCUAGAGAAUGCCUGCAGUGAGCUUGGUGCCCGUAUGUCUGCUAUGGACAGCUCCAGCAGAAAUGCCGGUGAAAUGCUUGACCGUCUUACACUGACAUACAACAGGACACGUCAAGCAUCUAUCACUACGGAGCUCACUGAGAUCAUAUCCGGUGCCUCUGCUCUUGAGGGAUGAUGAUGAAACUCUACACCAUCGUCUUUAUUUGUAUGUUCCAAUGAAGGCUACUUCUAAUCUGAAACAGCCUUUUGUUUUCUCCUGUGAGUGGAUCUGAGCGUCAAUAAUUAGCCUGAACACGGGACGGAUAUGCCUUGUUGCGCUAUCAACCUUGUUUCAUUUUGUUCAAAGUGGCAGCAGAUGUCCACUUAUAAUUGGAAGCAUUUUUCCGUUUU